AUGUCGAGAUUCAAGUCUCGACAUUUACGGUCUUUAAUAAAUCAUCAUCUUCCAUUAUUAUAUCUUCAACGAGUACAUUACCAACGGCGCAUUAUCAGAACAGACCCAUUUGUUGCAAACUAUAAUAUUAUGGCGCGAUUAAUUGACGGAAAAGCAAUUGCAAAGUCGAUUCGUGACCAAGCAAAGCUUGAAGUACAAGAAUUACAAGCGAGAUAUCCUGGGUUUAAACCACACCUUGCCAUUAUUCAAGUUGGAGCACGCGAAGACUCGUCUGUUUAUGUGAGGCAGAAAGAAAAGGCGGCUAAUGAGGCGGGUAUUAACAUUACAAUUCAAAAACGAGAUUCUUCUAUUACUCAGCUCGAGCUUUUGAGAGCUGUGCAAGAAUUCAACAAUGAUCCCUCUAUACACGGUCUGCUUGUUCAACUUCCGCUUCCUGACCACAUUAACGAAAAAUUCAUAACAGAAACUAUUAGUCCCAAGAAAGACGUUGAUGGUUUCCAUGCGCAUAAUAUUGGCAACCUUUCAAAACGCAAUAGUAGCCCGUUGUUUACGCCGUGUACUCCGAAAGGGAUUAUAGAAUUGUUGAAUCGAACUGGAAUCCAGAUUUCUGGGAAACGUGCUGUUGUAGUAGGCCGUAGUGAUAUAGUGGGAUUCCCAGUAUUUACACUUCUCUCACGAGCAGAUGCAACUGUCACGCUAUGUCAUUCAAAGACUGAUAAUCUUCCGGAGAUUACGAAAACAGCCGAUAUUCUUAUCGUUGCUAUCGGCAAAGCAGAAUAUGUUAAAGGGGAUUGGGUGAAACCGGGAGCUGUUGUUAUUGAUGUUGGAACUAAUGCUGUUGAAGAUCAAUCCAAAAAAAGUGGAAUGCGCUGGGUUGGCGACGUAGAAUUCUCGAGCGUUUCCAAAGUCGCAUCGCACAUAACUCCAGUCCCAGGUGGAGUGGGUCCAAUGACGGUGGCCAUGUUGUUGUAUAAUACAGUCGAAAGUGCCAAAAGAUUCUGGAAAGAGAGUAGGGAAAGACAUAUUACCAAUCUACCUCUAAAUCUGUUUAUGCCUGUCCCUAGUGACAUAGAUAUUGCUUCGUCGCAGACCCCGAAACCGAUAAAGGUUUUGGUUGAAGAAUUGGGGUUGGCUGGGAAUGAGUAUGAGCUGUAUGGUCAAUAUAAAGCCAAAAUUAAUUUGAACGUAUUAGACCGCUUAAAGACCAGGAAAAAUGGAAAAUAUAUUGUAGUAACUGGAAUAACACCAACACCACUCGGUGAAGGCAAAUCCACCACAACGAUAGGCAUUUCACAAGCGCUCGGCUCUCAACUAGGUAAAAUAGCCUUCGCGUGUGUACGCCAACCAUCACAAGGACCCACUUUUGGUAUCAAAGGAGGUGCAGCGGGUGGCGGGUAUUCACAAGUAAUCCCGAUGGACGAGUUUAAUUUGCAUUUAACCGGUGAUAUUCAUGCAGUUACGGCGGCUAAUAAUUUAUUAGCGGCUGCUAUCGAUGCUCGAAUUUUCCAUGAAAAUACUCAAACUGACAAGGCGUUGUUCAAUAGAAUUUGCCCUGUUAAAAAAGGGAAAAGAACAUUUGCCCCCGUCAUGUUGAAACGACUACAAAAACUUGGCAUAAACAAAACAAAUCCCGAUGACUUGACUUCUGAAGAAAUAACCAAAUUCGUCCGCUUAAAUAUCGAUCCGGACACUAUAACAUGGCAACGUGUCAUGGACACCAGCGAUCGUUUCCUUCGACGAAUAACCAUCGGACAAAACUCAACAGAAAAAAAUUUUACUCGCGUAACAGGAUUUGAUAUUUCCGUCGCAAGUGAAUGCAUGGCAAUUCUCGCGUUAACUACUGACCUUAGAGACAUGCGCGAGAGACUUGGUCGAAUGGUGGUGGCAACCAGCAAGCACGGUGUUCCGAUAACCGCUGAUGAUCUGGGUGUUGGUGGUGCACUAACGGUCUUAUUAAAAGACGCGAUAAAACCGAAUCUUAUGCAAACACUGGAAGGCACGCCUGUAUUUGUACAUGCUGGUCCAUUUGCGAAUAUUGCUCAUGGGAAUUCGUCGAUUCUGGCGGAUAAAAUAGCUUUGAAACUUGCGGGUAUUGAAGAAGGGGAUGAGGAAACUGAAACCGGAUUUGUUAUUACCGAAGCUGGGUUCGGCGCUGAUAUUGGCAUGGAAAAAUUUUUCAAUAUAAAAUGUCGGAUGUCAGGGUUGGUUCCUGAUGCUGUGGUUUUGGUUGCUACUUUGAGAGCAUUGAAGAUGCACGGCGGAGGUCCAGAAGUGACACCUGGAAACCCCCUUGCCGCAGAAUACUUAGAAGAAAAUUUGGAACUUUUGGAAAAAGGAUGUGCGAAUCUUAUCAAGCAUAUACAAAACGCUAAAAAAUUUAUGUUACCUGUGGUGGUGGCCAUUAAUCAAUUCACGACAGACACCGAGGCCGAAUUAGCCCUCGUUCGCAAAAUAGCCAUUGAAGCCGGUGCUGAUGACGCCGUUCCAGCCUCACAUUGGGCUAAUGGUGGUGCAGGUGCAACUGAACUUGCGAAAGCCAUUAUACGAGCCACGUCAAAACCCCAAAAGGAUUUUAAAUUUUUAUACGAGCUCGAUAAAAGUAUUGUUGAAAAAAUUGAGAUUAUCGCUAAAGAAAUGUAUGGUGGAAGUGAUAUCAGUUUAAGUGAUAGAGCUAAAGAAAAAGUUGAGAUAUAUACAAAGCAGGGCUUUGCAAAUCUGCCUAUAUGUAUGGCCAAAACACAUCUUUCUUUAUCUCAUGAUCCAAAGCUAAAAGGUGUGCCUACUGGAUUUACGGUGACUGUUCGUGACAUACGUGCUUCUGUCGGUGCUGGAUUCUUGUAUCCGCUGUUAGGUGAGAUGCAAACGAUGCCUGGAUUACCUACGCGCCCUUGUUUCUUUGAUGUCGAUCUUGACUUUGAGUCUGGAAGAGUCCUCGGUUUAUUUUAA